AUGGUCCACGCUACGUUGAAAUCGAAGAAUCCAUUCAAAGGCCCCCCCAGCCCAGAAUUAGACGACGCAUGGCACCAACUAUUUGUGAACUCCAACGUGCGCGUCUCUGCGGACGACCUUCAGAAGAUCAAUCGUACCUCGGUCCCGCUUGGAGAUGGGUCAGGAUACUACGCAAUUCCUGAUGUUUACCACCAGCUACACUGCCUGAAAUUCCUUCGACAGAUGCUCUAUCACGACUACUACCGUAUCAACAAGCCAACAAAUCCCAUACACAUUGACCAUUGCAUUGAUAAUCUUCGUCAAAACCUCAUGUGCAAAGCCGAUGUCUCCCUCCUGACUUUCGACUGGGUUUCAAACGAUCGAGCACCAAAGCCGAACUUCGACAUCGAACACGAAUGUAAGAACUGGGAGAGCAUUGAUGCGUGGGCCGAAGACCACGCCUUUGACAUUUUCGACGAAACGAUCCUUGUCCAUCCAACCUUAGGUACGUCCAAGCUCGCUCGUGGAACGUAUCUCAAGCUGACUGAGGGUCGCGACCGCCUCUUAGGUCCUUCGUUCCCGGAGGCCGAGUUCAAGAACACUGGGAAGAUCCCGGGACAUCCUGGCUUCCUUCAUGAGCAUGGCGGGAUGGUGGAAUGA